GUACUUCAUACUCAUUCCAAUACUCGCUGAGAGCACUACUAGCUCUGCUCAGCCACCCGCUGCUAGUACUACUCUUGUGAACUUUGGCUGUUUUACCAGUCGUGUGUAUUUGAACUCAAGAUGGCUUGUGAAUUGGAGCCGCUGUCCCGCACCUACCAGUACCGCAAGGUGAUGAAGCCCAUGCUGGAACGCAAGCGGAGGGCCCGCAUCAACAAGUGCCUCGACGAACUCAAGGACCUGAUGGUGACAGCACUUCAGGCGGAGGGCGAGUCCAUCGCCAAGCUGGAGAAGGCCGAUGUGUUGGAGCUCACUGUCACUCACCUCAAAAAACUCCAGCGUCGUAACCAGCUUGCAGUGAGACCCAUCCCUACAGAUCAAGACAAGUUCCGUGAAGGCUAUAGCCACUGUGCCUCCGAGGUGUCCCGCUGCCUGGCCUCUGUGCAGGGCGUCGACGUCACCCUCGGUACCAAGCUCAUGACCCACUUGGGCAUCUCCCUUACCAACUACGAGAAGAGAGCCCCCCUCACCAUACUUGUGCCUCAGGCAGAGCCCUCACCCGCUCUCUCAUCAGCAUCCAGUGGCUACUCUUCAGCCUCCGAGCUCUCUCCCACGCCAUCCACCUCCAGCAGGAACAGCAGUUCCCCCGCUUGCAGCACCGCCAGCAGCAGCAGCAGCCCAUCACCCCGCCCUCAGGGGCUCCUCACCAUCGCCGCGCCCUCUGGUCCCAUGUGGCGUCCUUGGUAACCAUUCAACGCUCUCUUCAACCCUGAAGCCGCUACCUCAACCAAUCGUUCGUCAGCAACCUGUUGAAGUUACCCAAUCAACGAUACCGAUGAUGCUGUCAUCACAAGAGAACGACCAAUGAGGAGCGCGCCUUCUUGCAUUCUGUGAUAGCCCCGCCCCCGGGAUCUGCUGUGAUAGGCCGCCACGCGGAGUGAUACCUACUGUGAUACGCACCACUCACUUCAUCAACCUCCAUCACUCAUCACUCAACACAAAAUCAUCAAAUAUUUAAUAAAUAAAACAAUAUUUUAAUUUA